AAGAGUGUAUGUAGUUUUAUAUGAAAGAAGUGAACUUAUUUUGUCGUGCUCUUUUCGUUCAUUUCAGAAUUGCAAAACGGACUAAAAUUAUCCGACAUUACACCAAACUAUCAUAUAUUAACAAAAUUAUUUGGUAUUUUGAAUAUAUGCGUCUUCCUCGAUAUUAUUCCGAAGUAUUCGAAACCAGCCAAUCGAAAAAUGUAUCUUAAAUUUUAAACUGGGUAAUCUUAACUACUAGCAUGCAAGCUGCUUCAAGGCAAUCCUUUAGUUUCAUAUGAAACCUAAUUUUUCCAAGUUUAAUAGUAUGUUUUACAAGUCGCGUAAGCAGCUUCAGUUUUUCUGUCAAGUUCAGUCGGAAGAAGAAUUCAGUGAGAAGACAACUUCAGCAACAGCACUUAGCUGGGACCUCAGGCAUUAAGAUUGCCAUCUUAGUGUUUUAUUUUUUAAAUGGUGUUACAUCGCUUUAUACUGUGUUCACACGUAAGGGAGGAACCCAAAAUAUAGAACUGAUUUUUCAAUGCCUUUGCUUUUUUGAUUAAAACAAUGCUGAACGGACACAAAAAGUCAGCUGACUAGUCAUGUGACGCUAAACAACUAUGGCUGCACACACAAAGAAAUGAUUAAGUCUGAGACUGCAGGACUGAGGAAGUUGUAACGAUGUUAGCCUUCUCCGCUUUUGUUUUUUUCUCAAUAACUAUUUUCUUUGCAUCUCACGCCAAUGGAGCAAACGAAGAGAGAUCAGCGACAACAAGAGCGGAACAGCUUUCUUCCUCUAAUUCGGCGGGUCGAAGCUGUGGAUGUCAAUCUUUGAACAGAGAAGUUGAGACUGCGGACACAGAAAGUCUCUCUUCGUUGUCUGAACAAGCAAGUGCCAAAUACGCCAAAGAAGCAAACGAAGAGAAGGCACAAAAUGAGGUUAAUGCAAAAGCUGCAGCCAUUCAUAACAAGAUGGUGCUGAUCCCAGCGGGGAAGUUCACGAUGGGUACAGAUGAGCCCGCAAUACCUCAGGACGGGGAAGGCCCAGCACGCACAGUGCACAUUCAGCAGUUCUACAUGGAUGUCUAUGAAGUCAGCAACUUGGAGUUUGAAAACUUUGUCAACGCCACCGGCUAUGUGACAGACGCAGAAAAGUUCGGGGACUCAUUUGUGUAUGAAGGUUUAUUGAGCGAACAAGUAAAGACGCAAAUCUCACAAGCAGUUGCAGCUGCUCCCUGGUGGUUGCCAGUGAAAGGGGCCACUUGGAGGCAUCCUGAAGGACCUGACUCCAACAUAUCAGAUAGACUUAACCACCCUGUUUUGCAUGUGUCCUGGAAUGAUGCCAUGGCCUACUGCUCCUGGGCUAAGAAGCGCCUACCGACAGAAGCUGAAUGGGAGUUUGCCUGUCGCGGAGGGCUGGAGAACAGACUGUACCCAUGGGGAAAUAAGCUACUUCCGAAGGGACAGCAUUAUGCCAACCUUUGGCAAGGUGAAUUCCCAGUUCACAACACAGGGGAAGACGGAUACGUCAAAACUUCACCGGUGACCUCAUUUCCUGCCAAUGGGUAUGGUCUGUACAACAUUGUGGGGAAUGCAUGGGAAUGGACUGCAGAUUGGUGGAGUGUACACCACACCACUGAUGAGGUUCACAACCCUAAAGGACCAACUACAGGAAAAGACAAAGUGAAGAAAGGAGGAUCCUACAUGUGUCACAAGUCCUAUUGUUACAGAUACCGAUGUGCUGCUCGUAGCCAGAACACCCCUGACAGUUCUGCCUCCAACUUGGGCUUUCGCUGUGCCUCAGAGAAGCUUCCAUGAGGAGAAGUGGAGACAUGACUCUCUCGGGGAAUCACACUGCCUUGCUGUGCUACACGGGCUAAGAAGAGGCAAGAACCCUAAAUAUAAAACACAAGAAUAAUGUAGAGCACCUUUCAUAAUGGGUAUCCUGGGGAGCAUCAAUGCAUGAGAUGGACCUUCAAUCCACAGAAGAUUUCUAUGUGGAAAGGAAUAACUUUAUGGUUAUCCUAACUAACAGUUGAAACAAUCUAAUCACACUUGGGUCCACAGCUCCAGUGCAAGGACAUUUUGUCCACUGGGGUGUAUUUGUGACCAAAUGUAUGUAUGGAUCUAUAGCCAAGCAGAAAUGCUUAUAAAGGUGGGCAGAGGGGAUCUUUUCACACUGUGGAUGGCUCUCUGGAUUUAAUGUGAGCAACGCAGAUAAGCCACCCUCAUCAUACUGGACAAGACUAUACUGCAGAAGUCAAAACAAUGCCAGUGUGUAUUUUCAGGAUUGCCUUUAAAGCAUUUUGCAAAAUUUCCUGAAAAAUCUUCUUUCUGCAAAUAAAUUAUUUAUUUUCCUUGUCCUUCUUUCUUGCUUGACUUGUGCCUCGAGUUUCAAAACUCUCCGAAAAUAAUAUGAUCGUGUAGUUCUUCAUACAAAAAUGUCUUUACAGCCUUUGUUCAGUAUUUAUUUUUCCUCUAUCUCUUUCUGUUCUGUGAAAGUUUCAUUGUAUUUACAUAGCGAAAAUAUAUAGCAGUCUUCAUGUGUCAUCUAAGGCAGUGGUCUCCAGCUUUUGGUCUCAAUCCAGUAUAUUUUAUUGGUCACUCUACAUCACUUACUCUACUUAAAGAUUAGUAGAGCUUGCAUAUUAACGAUUAAGCAGGUAGCUCAAUUAAAUUAUUUAUUUUCAUUGAGGAUUGAAGAUUGUUGUAGAUGAUAAUGACGUGACUUAAGAGCAUUCCUUGGAAGAUUAGUUUAUGCAGGACAUUUUUUAACAUGACUGUGCCGAUACGUGUUCCUCAGCUGAUGAUCAGAGCAGAUGUCCCCAAAAAUACAAAUUUCUACACAUUUCUGUUUUAGGAACUUCAUUUGCAAUGAAAGAGUCUUACAAUUAUAUGGAUAAUUUUGCAUUUUGGAGACCUUCCUAUAUUUUGGUACUAAAUGUGGAACCAUUUUGUGAUAAGGGUAAUAAUACUGAAUACAGGUUGAGAGAUGUAAUUAAUUUUUGGACCUCAAAAGCAUAUUGUGUCUGUGUAAACCUUUAAUUCCAUUAAAUAAUGAUGUCCAGAAAUUACACACAAAUGUAGUUAUUUUGUGUUCCACUAAUGGCUGUUUGGUGGUAAGGGAUAUUUUUCCUCUUAUUGUGAAAUAUUAUGUAGCCUCCUGAAAUGUUAGUUUGUGUGGGUGGGUGACAAUGCCUUUUGUCACCUGAUGGGGGUGCUCCUGGAGAGCAUCUUUAAGGAUAGGGGACAAAUAACUGGCUGUGAAUUUUUCUGGCCUGAAUUCAAGCUCUCUCCAUAAAGGUUUUCCUUGGAUAUUACAUUUAGUGGAAACUAAUUAAAUAGUCUAUGCCACAUGUUUAAUAAACCCUGUGGAGGGAGAUGCAAGUAAUUAGUGUAAAUCCAACAAGCUGUUGUUCAUAGAUCUAUGAAAUGUAUUAUUUCUGUGGUGGUGUUCUCAUUUUCCAAGCUUCUGAAGAGUGACAUCAACAUGUGAGGUUUCAGAGUAAUUAAACCUGAACAAAUG